AUGUCCGAUCAAGUCGCCAUGUCUAGCGUAUCGUGCGUCUCCGUCACCACCCUCGUGGUGGUAUCCCUCGCCAACUUGAUUCUGUUAAUCGUGAUGCUCAUGGAAUCGAGGAAGCACUGCAGAGAGGACUCCGAACUUGCGGAAAACUAUCGAUACAGAGCGACUAACGGUCGAUUGUCUUCGCUGGUCGGCGGCAAAAAUCACAGGGAAGACCCGAAAUUCUUAGCGGCGCUAGUGGUACUCAAGUCGAACCAGAUGGCGCUGAUGUGCGGUGCCACGAUCGUGAGCAAGUUUUGGGUAUUGGUGACUGCGCGUUGCUGCGAGAAGGCGGAAGUUUACCCAUUCGAGCGACUCAAAGUCUCGAGCAAUGCGGCGAGGUGGACAAGAGGCAGACAGCACAGCGUGGAAACCCUCGUGAGGCACGUGAAUUACACCGCAAAAAGCGCCAGCCACGAUUUGUGUCUCGUAAAAGUGGGAUCCCCGUUCAAGGACAAAUUUGAAACGCCCGUUGCGCUCUCUAGCGCGAAAUACGAGCACCGUUCCGAUACUCUGGCGACCGCCGUCGGAUGGAUAUCGAGAAAAACGUCCACCGAAGACCAAGUUUACUUUCUGAACGUCAACUUGAUCGCGUUUCAGACUUGCAAGACGCUGAUCAAGGUCGAAAAAGUGGACGACACGAUGAUAUGCGCCUACAACGUCGACGGUAUCGACUGCAGCUCAGAUUCGGGCGGCCCGCUGCUGCAGAACAACGUGGUGAUCGGUAUGGCACCCUUCGAAAUCAAUUGCGCCGCUAGGACUUCGCCGAGGGUAUUUACCAGGAUCGCACACUUUGAAAAAUGGUUCCGCUCGGUCGAAAAUCAAAACGGAGUCAAAAUUGACGCCAUAUUUAAGCCGUAGCUCGUGAAAUUCUAGGGUUUUUUCUACGGCCCCGUGUGCAAUGAGCCAAAACUUAAAAGAAGAGGAAGUUCUUCGUUUGUGGGUAGGAUUGCAGGUUUUGGGUUUUGCUUCUUUGCAACUAUUAUAUAAAGUUGCAAAAUAUUAAUGGCGAUUAUUACUAAGUGUGAUUAAAUGUUAAACUAUUGGAUUUCGGUUUUCCAAUCUCAUUCA